AUGCGUUACUUCCUCCUCCUCGCCGCCCUCGUGUUGGCCGUCGUCGGCUUCACCGGGCUGCCGUCCACCUACACGGCAAAGCAGAAGAAGAACGCGUGCGCGGACUAUUGCAAUGGCCAGGUUACCUCCCUUUCCACCGGAUUUCCCUUCGAAACCGAUGGAUGGGAGCUGUGCAACUGCGGUCCUGCUCAGGCUACUGGAAGCUGGUCUGCCUCUACCUGCUACACGUCGUGCUACAACCGUUGCAUCAGCACCCUGGGAUACUGUGCCUGGAACUACGCCACCAACACCGACUACCACGGCCUGUGCUGCACCAACUCGAACACGACGGCCUCGGUCUGGAACAAGUGCUUCACGCCCGGCUCUGGACUUUGCUACCAGGCU